AUGGGUGCUGAAGCAUCAAAACCGCAAGCUGGCGCAAAAGUGCAGGUCAUUGGUGCAGGCCUCUCACGAACCGGCACCGCUUCCUUCUGCGCCGCUCUCGAGAUUCUCCUCAAAGGUCCAGUCUACCAUGCCGGAACCCAAUGCGUAAUCUCAGACGAUGAAACCCACAUCAAGACCUGGAUGGAAGUCCUCGCCCGAACACCUUACAAAUCUCCUGCCGAUAAAGACUUCGUGCUCAAGAAGAUUCGAGAACGUACGACAGGCUAUGUUGCCACAGCAGAUACGCCGCUCGCUCAAUUCGUCCCAGAGCUUCUGGAACUCUACCCAGAAGCGAAAGUAAUAUGUACGGUCCGCGAUCCUGACGCUUGGGCGAAAUCGAUCUAUCAGACCUCUGCAGCAACUCUGCAAGCUUUUUUGGGGAUAAUCAUGUUCUGGAUUCCCUGUUGGCGGUAUUUUCCUCGAUUCCUGACACUUUUAGCGGAUGGCAGGUAUGGAGAACUGUAUUUGAAACCUGGGGAACCGCAGGAAGUACUACGUGGUAGACCUGUGUGGGACAGGCACAUUGAGCAUUUACGGAAAGUAGUGCCUGCGGAGAAGUUGUUCUUUGUUGAUAUCAGAGCUGGAUGGGGGCCGUUGUGUGCUGCAUUGGAUAUGGAAGUACCGAAAGGUGUGAGUUUUCCGAGAAUCAAUGAUGGUAAGGCAAUAGAGAUGCUUGCUAAGGAGCAGAUACAAAGGGGCUUGCUGAGGUGGGCGGCAGUCCUUGCAGGGUUUGCUGCUGUGGUUGCUGUCGUGUGGCAAGUCUUGCAAUAA